GCGGCUCCGCGCGCUCCCCAGCUCCUCUCUGCAAGGGUCCCGACUUGACAGCCCCGGGCGGUGGGGCGCGGUGCCGCGAGGCUGCCCGGCAGGUCGGAGCUGGGCGGGCCGGGGCCGGGCCCCCGCGCUCCCGGGACGGCUCACUCUGGCACCCAGUCCCUCGCAGCCACGCCGGGCGCGCACUCACACCCUCUCUGGGCGCGCGGCUCCCGGGCGCGAUGGACGCGGCGCUGCUCUACAGCCUGUUGGAGGCCAACUGCAGCCUGGCGCUGGCCGAAGAGCUGCUCUUGGACGGCUGGGGGCUGCCCCUGGACCCCGAGGGUGCCUACUCCUACUGCAACACGACCUUGGACCAGAUCGGGACGUGCUGGCCCCGGAGCGCGGCCGGAGCCCUGGUGGAGAGGCCGUGUCCUGAGUACUUCAACGGCGUCAAGUACAACACGACCCGGAAUGCCUAUCGAGAGUGCUUGGAGAAUGGGACGUGGGCUUCACGGAUCAACUACUCACAGUGUGAGCCCAUUUUGGAUGAUAAGCAGAGGAAGUACGACCUGCACUACCGUGUCGCCCUCGUUGUCAACUACCUGGGUCACUGUGUUUCUGUGGCCGCCCUUGUGGCUGCCUUCCUGCUUUUCCUGGCCCUGCGGAGCAUCCGCUGUCUGCGGAAUGUGAUUCAUUGGAAUUUGAUCACCACCUUUAUCCUGCGCAACGUCACGUGGUUCCUGCUGCAGCUCAUUGACCACGAAGUGCAUGAGAGCAAUGAGGUCUGGUGCCGCUGCGUCACCACUGUCUUCAACUACUUCGUGGUGACCAACUUCUUCUGGAUGUUCGUCGAGGGCUGCUACCUGCACACGGCCAUCGUCAUGACCUACUCCACCGAGCGCCUGCGCAAGUGGCUCUUCCUCUUCAUCGGAUGGUGUAUCCCCUGCCCUAUCAUUGCUGCCUGGGCCAUUGGCAAGCUCUACUAUGAAAACGAACAGUGCUGGUUUGGCAAGGAGCCCGGUGACCUGGUGGACUAUAUUUACCAAGGCCCCAUCAUCCUUGUGCUCCUGAUCAAUUUUGUAUUUCUUUUCAACAUCGUCAGGAUCCUCAUGACAAAAUUGAGAGCAUCCACCACAUCGGAGACAAUCCAGUACAGGAAGGCAGUAAAGGCCACCCUCGUUCUCCUGCCCCUCCUGGGCAUCACCUACAUGCUCUUCUUCGUCAACCCUGGGGAGGACGACCUGUCGCAGAUCGUGUUCAUCUAUUUCAACUCCUUCCUGCAGUCGUUCCAGGGUUUCUUUGUGUCCGUCUUCUACUGCUUCUUCAAUGGAGAGGUGCGCUCAGCUGUGAGGAAAAGGUGGCACCGCUGGCAGGACCAUCACUCCCUCCGAGUGCCUGUGGCCCGGGCCAUGUCCAUCCCCACGUCGCCCACACGGAUCAGCUUCCACAGCAUCAAGCAGACGGCCGCCCUGUGAGCCCCCCGUCACCCCGCUCGCUCAUCACUCACCAUCAGGACAGCUUCCCUAUCCCAUGGGGUGCCUCUCUCUGGGUUCACUUCGCCAUCUCUCAGCUCAGGCCCUGGUGGGGGCGCAAGGGAGGGGAGAGGUCAGCUGGCCGGCCCUGCUAGACGGGGGUGUGCAGCAGCAGGCAGCGCCAGAGGCUCUCAGGAGCCAGGUCCGCUAGGUACAAUGUCUCAGUGCAGAGGGAGCAGAGGGAUGUCACAGAGACACCUAUCCCCGCAGAAGAGUGGGUCACAUGUCUUCAGGCAUUUGCCCACACCAGCCUCUCUCCCGGCAUCCUCACUAUAGCCCACUCACAGGCAAGGAAACAGGCCCAACACCAUGAAGGGCCUGUCCAAGUCACGCAGC